AUGGCAGCAAUCAUUCAAUCCAAACUCAUCGAUACAUCCUUCCCGACCGAGCUUGUCCUAGAGGUCAUUGAGCGUUUACCCUACGGCGACGGCAGCGUCAUCGCCAAUCUAUCCAGGACGCACCCCAGACUCAAAAACAUACUCGCCAUCUAUGAGGAGUCUCUCGCGAAUUGCUUUGCGCGCAAGGAGCUCAGGCAUGCCGCGGUCGAUUUCCCAACUACACAGCAAGGCUUCAGAUGGCUGCAGAGUUGCGUCAAGCGCUACGAUAUUGUAGAUGAUCUGAUGGCUAUGCUCGUCAGCGAGCAUAACGUUUUCCCAGUGCGAAAGCACAACAUGGCGCUCGUCAACACUGGCCUUCUCCUUCUGUACCAUCUCCAGUCUUUCGAGUCACAUGCCGCAAAGCUCACGUUUCUGAAGUCAUUACCCAAGGAUCCGCUGACGGCAAUGUACCUCGCCGUCCACCACGCUACACUGACAGCCCGUUACCACGGCGAAGGCAUCAUCCACCAGCGCACUUACGGCCGCUUCAUGGACGCCAACACGCUCUCGCUCCGUUCAGACAUCGAGUUCUGCUUUGCUGAAGCGAGCUUGCAACUCGGACCCUCCUUUGUCCACUCAUCUCUUCUUCCCACUGACCCACCUGCCACAUCUAUAUCCGCCGAAGCCACUUUGAUGAACUUCUAUCAUGAUCACGCGAUUCAUGACUGGUUCCUUGAGUCGGUGAUGGAAGGAGUAGAUGUGGAGGGCUAUGGUAUGCCACCCAUUACGCAGGGUCCAAGGAGGGCUAUCAAGGAGCGAAGCUUGUGGACGACGUUGUUGGAGUGUAUGGCUGAGCUGACGGAGUGUCCGUUGGAGAAUGUAAUGGGUGCGAUUGAGGAGGAUGCUGCGCCUCACAAUCAUAGUUUGGCGUGGUUGGAUUUGCAAGGUAAAGCGACAUUGAUGAAAGGGGAGGACCUUGUUCCUGUUCUUGUUGAGGGAUGA